UUAUCAUUGGCUCAAACUCAUGACCUCUUGUACACCGGCACAUAUCCAGUAUUUUCUCUUCUCAUGCUUUAUAUUCUCCCGCUCUCUUGCUACUCUGCUCAGACCCAAUUCCCCUGUUUCUCAACAACAAUCACUAACUGCUUUAGGUCUCGUGAUUUCUGCGUCUCAGAGAGUUUUCCGGUGCGAUGCAGAAGGAGAAUACCUCAUUUUCCGUCCUCACCACCACCUCCGCCGCCGACGCUGCGCCGCAUUGUUUCUCUCGGAGCAAUUUCUUUCUCUCACCUAAUUCGCGGACUGAUUAUCUCAACUCCGACGCCUCCUUGUACUCCUCGCUGUUUCAGAAGUACACUACAGACGCUGCAUCUUUCGACGGCGGCGAUGCCGAGCGCCGCUGCCAUGAUUCGAGCAGCAUCCUCGAGUACCAGCAGCUCUACAACCGCUACACACUCUGCAUAUCGCGACUUCGCGAUUCUAUCGAGGAGGUCGAUGCGCUCCGACGCGACAACGAGUCUCUCCGCGUCUCCAACGCCGAUCUGUCUCGUCGCGUCGCCUUGCUCUUCUCUCGCGAACGGUUGCUCUCCGAAUUCAACCGCCUCGGCGUCGCUUCUCCCACCGCCGCCGCUCCGGUUUCCGUUCCUGUUCCGGUACAUGUACCGGCUCCGCAACCUCUUGCAGAAUGCAAUCGCUUCGAGCGGAGGAAUCCAGAGAAGACCGUACUACCGAAGAGCAUUUCGGUGCGUUCAAAAGGUUAUCUGAAGAUGAUGAAUCGCUCUGGCCGGGAACCGAGUAUCCAGAAAACAGUGAGUCAGCCGUCUCCACCUUCGCAAAGGGUGUACGUGCCAGGGGCAAAAGAGGAAGAAGAUGCGCUGGAAUUCGACGUUUACAACCAAGGGAUGUUCAAAACAGAAUUGUGCAAUAAGUGGGAAGAAACUGGCGCGUGUCCGUACGGGGAGAACUGUCAAUUCGCUCAUGGAAUCAAGGAGCUGCGCCCAGUGAUCAGGCACCCACGCUACAAGACUGAGGUCUGCCGCAUGGUGCUCGCCGGAGAUGCCUGCCCUUACGGUCACCGCUGCCAUUUCCGCCACUCUCUUACUGAGGAGGAGAAGCUCAUGGCGGCUGGUCCAUUGCGACCACCACCGCCACGCUGAUUGGUAUGUGCUAUUCAAAUUGGGUUAUAUUUUAGAACUGCAUCUAUAGCACUGGAUGAUCCGCUUUCCUCGAUGUGGUAUCUUGCAUGAUUUUGAAUAGAUAUUGAUUACUGAAGUGUAGAAAAUAAAAAUGAAAAAUCUGGUUCAAUUGUUAAUACGGCUCAAUAUCGAUGUACACAGCUUGUUAGGCUGAACUCCAAAUUGAUAUAGCAAUUCUUGAUAAUUGUAGUUAUACUACAAACAUUAUUGUUAUUUAUGGUUACAUUAGUUAUUUUA